CGCACGCCGUUUCGCACGCCAAUGGCCUAAUAUUAGAACACGGCUACACUCACCCUUACCAGCCUCAGGCCCACGCGCUCCCUGGCCCUCUCCACAACUCGCCUGACACAGCAACUCAACCCAGGCCACUGGCUUGGUACACAGAACAAGACUGCUUGGUGGCCUUGGACAAGUUCGAGGCGUCCCCGUCCCUGUCCUUGUCCCUCAGCCACCCGAUGCAAGCAAGGCGACUGGCUGUGCUACGGGCUGCAGUCAAGAUACAAGAUUGGUUCUAUCUUACCCUACACCAGUUUUACUGUAUGCUCACCUUCUGUCCUGAUUCAGUCCCCCAUGGUCUGAGAACCUUGGCAAACUUGCCUGAGGCGUUAGCGCUGCUGAACAGCGUUCUUGGUCCUAACCGCACGCUGCCUCCUGCCACGCUGCGCUUCUUCUCUGAUUACCCCUACCCCAUGCAAACCAUCUGUCAGGCAUGGGGUCCCAUGUUUGAGCAACAGUGUCAUGCACUCCGCAUGUUUGUAUCCCGAUCCCAUAACCAUCAAGUGUGGAGGAAGAUGUGUGAGCACAAUCGUCAACCGCCACUUGCAUCAGAAAUUGCCAUGGCACUCGGCAUCCCCUCGUUCACCUUGCAGCGCCUGGUCUUCACGGCUUUGAUACGCUAUAUCUGGCGCGCCGUUCCCCAGCAUAUCUUGCAGUCGGGCUUUGAGCAUCAGGCACUUUCCAUAUUCACUCAGCAUCAGGUCGAUUAUUACCACGAACACCAUGCAUUCUAUCGCUCGAAGCUGCAACUCCUUGUUGAAGAAUUUGAGAAAGGUCUUCGUCAGCAGAGAUUCACUCUGAAGAGCUCUGUUCAAUCUCGUCGAUAUUCGCCACCUCCCCCAGUGACAGCACCAGCACCUGCACCAGCACCUGCACCUGCACCGGCACCAGCACCGGCACCGGCACCAGCACUCGUUCAGCCCCAGCGAAAGCCGCAAGCACAGUUACUUCCCCCGUCGGGCUGGGUACACCCACAAUCGCGCGUGCCCAACCCUGCCAGGUACGCUCUCCAUCAGGCCCAUCUACGAAGCCCUGUCCUCUGCGCGGAAUCCAUUUCAUCCCAUCUUUAUACAUUCCCCAAGGGGUAUAUCAAAUGCCCCACGCGGCUUUCGGAACCCGGCCGUUCAAUUGAAACAUGGAACUUUACUAUCCCUCCCAAUGGCCUGCAACCAUUCUCACAGACUGUCGGCGAAACAGUGAGCGGCCCCGGCACUAGGAAGAUCAACGAAUUGACCAACACCGCUCGCCUACGCUGUGUCAAAUGGAAACACGACGAACCAGCGCCAGCCGAGCAUGUUUGGACAACCACGGACACGUCAUGGAUACCGUACUCGUAUUUUAGCCUCAACGACGUCCCUCUCCAGAAACGCGACAAGGCCCAUUAUGGCAAGGAUCUACCAAUCGACAUCACCGACUUGCUGAGGGAGGGUGAGAACAUGCUCGACAUAGCAGUCAUGGCUCAACACGGCGACACAUCACAUUUCGACUAUCUCAUCGCCAUUGAAGUAAUCCAUGUUGCCUCGCGCGACUCUUUGGAAAAGCACCAUCUGCAUCACAACCGUGUCUCAGCUGACGAGGUUCUGCAAAACAUCAAGAACAAACUAUCCAUUUCGAGCCACGACGAUGAAAUUCGUAUCAUCCAAAGCAACAUCGUCAUUGGUCUACGCGAUCCCUUUAGCCAAGCAAAAAUGUGCGACAUACCGGUGCGAGGCAAGGCGUGUCCGCACAAUGACUGCUUCGACUUUGAUGUGUUUUUGCGGUCGCGCCCGCGCAAAGGCGAUGCAUCGGUGGCUGAUCAGUGGAAGUGUCCCAUUUGCGGCUCCGACGCUCGACCGCACAUGCUUUUGUUUGAUGGCUUCAUCGACAAUGUAAGGAAACAGCUCGAGGCACAAGGCCUGGCCGACACGCGACAAAUUGUCGUGCAGCAGGAUGGAUCUUGGGCACCAAAAGCAGACCCAAAAGCAGACGCCAAAGAUGGUGUGCCUGUUCGUGGGGAUGCCCAUGGCCCCUCGGGCUCUGAUUUUGCAUGUCUAUCUAUACCUGCCGAGGUGGAAGUCAUCGAUCUUAGUAAUUGAAAAGACAUGGAGCCAAAGUCGGCUGACCUUUUCAUUCUUCUCUUUAUUUUCUGCCAUCUGUUUACCAGAGAGUUUCUCUUAUCCGGUUGUGGUGUGCUCGCGCGUCACCAUGACAUACUCACGGUUCCUGGUAAUAUAGUUGGGUCACGGUCUAGUGGAGUUUGCGGCAGUGAUACCCC